GAGAGAGAGAAGUGACAAAAGCUUAUCCACCUCAGUCUCCUCUCCCUGAAGCUUCCCAAGCUCUCUCCCAUGGCGGCUCAGCUCCACUCCCCCUUCAACUCCCCUCUCCUUCUCUCCCCACCCCGACUACUUCAUCACCCUAACCGCAGCCUCCGUCUCCUCACCCCAAAAUGCACUUCCGAUUCCGCCACGCCGGACUUCCCCUCCCCUUCCCCUUCCCCUUCCCCUUCCCCGACCUCCGACGCCACCGUCGCCCCGGACAAGUUCCCCAUCGAGCGACGACGCCCCUCCGAGAUCGUCCGCGACCGCCGCUCCCGGCCCUCCCUGGCCCGGCCGGAGCCGCCGAACAUGGAGGUCGGGUGGAGGCGGACGAAGGCGAUCGACACGACGAAGCCCAAGGGGUACGCGAUCGCGGACUUCCUGGAGAAGCUGGAGGGGCUGAUGGGGAGGGAGUUCGGGUCGGCGGACCUGCUGGCGAAGACCGGGGAGAUGGUGGCGGAGCGGGCGAGGGAGGAGGCGGAGUUGCUUAGGGAGGGAGGGGAGGUGGAGGAGCGGACGGUGACGGAGCUAUUCAGGGUGCUGAGGCUGAUGGAGAUGGACCUGGCCAUGGUGAGGGCGGCCGUGCAGCCGGAGACGCUGGCGGAGAGGCUGGAGCAGGCGAGGGCCCGCUGCCGGCAGGCCAUCCUCGUCGCCAAUUCCUUUUGACCGUCCGAGUCCCGACAGAGAGAAUCAUGUUUAAGUUUUUUUUUUUUGACAGGAGCUGAAUCCACAUUGGCACACUGCUUUUAGUAGAGGUGGAAUUUCGGAUAAUUCGUAUGUAAAAAUAUCGCGAAUUUAAGGUUCGUGUCUGUGGAUACGUAGUUUAACAUAGUGAUUUCUCAGUUACGGUAUGGAAAGAUUUUCCUACUC